AUGAACGAAGAAAAACCACAAUACUCUGCCUGGUGCCUGGAAAACGGAGCACAAAUUCCUUCUGAAAAGAUAUAUGAAAUAUUCUUCAAUUUAGGUGCAAAAUUUGGAUUUCAAGAUGAUAAUGUCAAUAACAUGUUUGACCAUUUUAUGACGUUGUUAGAUUCACGUGCUAGUAGAAUGACUUGUCCCAAUGCAUUAUUAUCACUUCAUUUGGAUUAUAUUGGUGGGAAAAAUUCCAAUUUCAGAACAUGGUUUUUUGCAGUACAAUGGAAUUUUGAACAUGACUGGACACCGAAGAAGAGAAAGAAAUGGAGAGUUGUUCCUGACUACCAGCUUUGGUUAUUGAGAUACCAAAAUUGUACAGAGAAUGAUUUAAUAUAUCAAAUAGCAUUAUAUUUGUUGAUCUGGGGAGAAGCUAACAAUGUCAGGUUUAUGCCUGAAUGUCUCUGUUUUAUUUAUCAAUGUGCUUUGGAUUAUAAUGGACCCAAUCUCCCAAAAUUUCAUUUCCUUGAUAAGAUUAUAACGCCAAUUUACAAUUUCAUUCGUGAUCAACUAUACUGCCAAGUGGAUAGCAAAUGGAGACGAAAAGAAAUAGAUCAUGCUAGGACAAUAGGAUACGACGAUGUAAAUCAACACUUUUGGAGUACCGAAGGGCUAUACAAGUUGGCAUUUGAAGACGGGAAUAGACUAUAUCAACUUCCAAGAUCGGAACGGUACCAAAAAAUUAGUUUAAUAGAUUGGAAAAAGUCAUUAAAUAAAACAUACCGUGAACGACGUACUUGGAUUCAUGUGUUGACUAAUUUCAAUAGAGUAUGGAUUAUCCAUGUCUCAGUGUUUUGGUAUUUUAUGUCCUUCAAUUCACCGUCAUUAUACACACCAAAUUAUACACCGGAAAAGGAUCCACAAUUGCAUAUUAGAUUAACUAUUGUCGCAAUUGGAGGGGUUAUAUCUGCUUUAAUAUCGUUAGGAGCAUCAAUAGCAGAAUUCUUUUUUGUUCAAGGUUCAUUCAAAAAUAUUUUAUUAUUGAUAAUUCUAACCGUGUUGAAUUCUGGAUCAAUUGUAUAUAACCUUGGAUUCUUAAAAUGGGAUGAAUAUUCAUAUCGUGGAUCAAUAAUUUCCAGCAUUCUGUUGUGUGUUUCAAUUGUUACAUUCUGUUAUUUGGCAAUGGUUUCACCUGGCAGUUUUAAAAGUGAUUUUGCUAGCAAUUUUCCCAAACUUAAACUUAGAAGUAGAAUAUUUUCAAUUUUAUUAUGGAUUGGUGUCUUUGCUGCAAAGUAUUCCGAGUCUUACUUUUUUUUGGUGUUGUCGUUGAAAGACCCCAUCCAAAUCCUAUCGACCAUUGUGUUGAAUUGCAAUGGCAGCCAUAUAUUUUGUCCGUUUCAACCUAAGAUAACAUUGGUCUUGUUCUAUUUAACCGAUUUGAUAUUGUUUUUCUUGGAUACAUAUCUAUGGUAUGUCAUUUGUAAUUGUUUGUUUUCAGUGGGAUUAUCAUUUUCGCUUGGAGUUUCAAUUUUCACUCCAUGGAGAAACAUAUUCUCUCGUUUACCAGAUAGAAUAUUAACCAAGAUUUACUAUGGGGAUUCAACUGACUUGAUCUUGGUGAUUGCUCAAAUAUGGAACAGUAUAAUUAUCUCCAUGUACAGAGAACAUGUCCUCUCUGUGGAGCAAGUUUCUAAAUUGAUCUAUCAACGAGGCAUUGAUGAGAACACAAUCCGACCACCAAUAUUCUUUGUCUACGAAGAUGAUAACAAAUUAUAUGACUUUAUUAAAAUUGAAAAAGAAUGGGAAAGAAGAAUCACUUUUUUUGCCCAAUCACUAUCGAGUCAAUUACCCGAACCAUUUCCAGUAGUUGCUACUCCUACGUUUACCGUGUUGAUCCCGCAUUAUUCAGAGAAGAUAUUGUUAAGUUUACAAGAUUUAAUCAAGGAGCAAAGUUUCUCCAAACUAACGUUGUUGGAUUAUCUUAAGCAACUCCAUCCAUCAGAAUGGGAUUCUUUUGUCCAGGACAGCAAAAUGAUUCAAACUAUAAAAGAAAUGGAUGAAGAAAAAUUUAUUCGUGAUAAUAUCGAUGAUUUGCCAUAUUAUUGUAUUGGGUUUAAGGACUCUGCACCAGAAAACGUGUUAAGAACUAGAAUUUGGGCAGCCUUGAGAUGCCAAACACUUUAUCGUACAGUUUCUGGAUUUAUGAAUUAUGAAACUGCUUUAAAAUUGCUUUACAGAACAGAAGUCAUUGGAUUUGAACAAGAUGAAUUUCAAGAAGAGGAGUUGGAUGAAUUUGUUAAACGAAAAUUCAACCUUUUAGUAGCCAUGCAAAAUUUUCAAAACUUCAGUCCAGAUGCCAAAGAAGAUGCGGAUUCAUUGUUUAGAGCAUUUCCAAAUAUGAAUGUAGCAAUUUUAGAGUCUGUAAAUGACCAGGAGUAUUUUUCUACAUUGUUGGAUGUUUCACAUAGGGGCCAGAAUGGCGAGUACGCAAAGAAAUAUAGAAUCAAACUUUCUGGUAAUCCGAUUUUAGGUGAUGGUAAAUCGGAUAAUCAAAAUAAUGCAUUAAUAUUCUAUCGUGGUGAAUACAUUCAAGUUAUUGAUUCAAACCAAGACAACUAUAUCGAAGAGUGCUUAAAAAUUAAAUCCUUAUUAAAUGAAUUUGAAGAAAUGAACUUAGAUGUGAGCUAUGGAUAUAUCUCAGAACAACCAGAUAGUAGUCCGGUAGCAAUUGUGGGUGCAAGAGAGUUUAUUUUUUCACAAAAUAUCGGUAUUCUUGGUGAUAUUGCUGCUGGAAAGGAGCAAACUUUUGGUACUCUUUUUGCGAGAACUAUGGGCGAGAUUGGGUCAAAAUUACACUAUGGUCACCCUGAUUUCCUUAAUGGAAUUUUUAUGACAACAAGAGGAGGUAUCUCCAAAGCUCAACGAGGCUUGCAUUUAAACGAAGACAUUUAUGCUGGAAUUACUGCCACUUGCCGAGGAGGAAGAAUUAAACAUUCAGAUUACUACCAGUGUGGUAAGGGCAGAGAUCUUGGAUUCCAAUCCAUUGUUAAUUUUACAAAGAAAAUUGGAUCAGGAAUGGGUGAACAAUUACUAUCUAGAGAAUAUUACUAUUUGGGUACCAAAUUACCCAUUGAUAAAUUUUUAUCAUUUUAUUAUGCUCAUGCUGGAUUUCAUAUCAAUAACUUGUCAAUAAUGUUAUCUGUCAAAAUGUUUAUGUUUUUACUUUCUAACCUUGGAGCAUUGAAAUAUGGUACAGUAGAAUGUAAUGAAGACGACCCAGUACCAGGAUGCCAUAACUUGGUUCCGGUAUUAAAUUGGAUAGACAGAUUUGUUCUUUCAGUAUUUGUAUGCUUCUUCAUUUCCUUUUUACCAUUGAUAAUUCAAGAGUUCAUUGAAAAGGGCUUAAUAAAAGCAAUCUUGCGGAUCAUAUUGCAUGUCGUUUCAUUGUCACCAUUUUUUGAAGUUUUCGUUUGUCAAGUUUAUUCCCGAGCAUUAAGAGAUAAUUUUGUAUUUGGAGAAGCAAAAUAUAUUGCUACGGGGAGAGGUUUUGCCAUUUCAAGAGUUUCUUUUGCAACAUUGUAUUCUCGUUAUGCAAGUUUGUCAAUCUACUAUGGAGGAGAAAUAUUUUUGGUAAUAUUAUUUGCAUCAAUUACUAUUUGGAGAAAAUCAUUACUCUGGUUUGUUAUUACUAUCAUAUCCUUGUGCUUAGCCCCUUUCAUAUUCAACCCCCAUCAAUUUAACUUUAUUGAUUUCUUCGUAGAUUAUCGCGAUUACAUAAGAUGGUUAUCUAGAGGCAACUCAUCAAUUAAAGAACUGUCUUGGGCUCACUAUACUAAGAAUAGAAGGGCAAGAUUAACUGGAGAGAAGUUUAACGGUGGAUACGUGCUGGGAAGAAAUUCAGCUACUUUCAACUUGUUGUUAGGUGAGGUGGGUUCUCCAUUGAUAAACUUGAUAAUUUACCUAAUUCCUUAUUUGUUUCUUCAUUCAGAGUCAAGGUUAACAAGCUUCAGUGUGAAUAACCCACUACUAAAAUUAGCAGCAUUGGUUUUGGCUCCUUAUGCUGAGAAUGCAGUGGUACUUUUCCUAGUUUGGUUGAUGUCAUUGACAUUAGCUCCACUUGCAGGUAUAUGGUGCAAGAAAGCACCGGCAUUUUUUGCAGGAUUUGCACAUUUUUCCUCAUUGAUUCUUCAUGUUGCAAACAUUGAGGUUUUAUUGUUCUUAGAGAAUUGGAAUGUUGUAAAGCUUUUAUCUGCCUUGUUGGUUAUGUUCAAUUGUCAUCGUGUGAUUAGCAAUCUUACGUUAAUAAUGAUAGUUUCAAGAGAACGGACUGAGAAUGUUAAUCAAGCUUGGUGGUCAGGGAAAUGGUACAAGAGUGGAUUAGGAGUUCAUGUACUUUCUCAAAAUUUGCGAGAAUUCAUUGUCAAGAUUCUUGAAUUAAACAAGUUUACAUUUGAUUUCAUAAUGGGCCACUUUUUGUUGUUUGCCAUGUCACCAGUUUUAUUCAUUCCCUAUGUCGAUUCAUUGCAUACAAGCAUGCUUUUCUGGUUAAAACCAAGUCGCCAAUUCUCACGACCAAUUAUCAACAGAUCACAACGAAGACGACGCAAUUGGCAAAUUGUUAAAUAUUUCACUCUAUUUGUUGGUAUUCUUUGUGUAUUUGCUACAUUAUUUGUAGCUCCACCUUUGUUGAAAGACAAGUUAAAGUUUUUAAAGAAAUGGAUAGGUUCAUAG